AUGGUUAAUUAUUUUGAAAUAUUAUUCUAUCUCUCUAUAUUUCUUCUUAGCAUCUUGUCAUAUUAUUUUUGUGUCAAAAAUAACAAAUCAUCAUCCAAGAGAAAAGGUUAUAAACUUCCUCCUGGUUCAAUGGGAUGGCCUUAUAUUGGAGAAACUCUUCAACUUUACUCUCAAGACCCUAAUGCCUUCUUCAUUAACAGGCAAAGAAGGUACGGUGAAAUAUUUAAGACAAAAAUACUAGGUUAUCCAUGUGUGAUGUUGGCAAGUCCAGAAGCUGCUAGAUUUGUACUAGUGAACCAAGCAAAUUUGUUCAGGCCAACUUAUCCAAAAAGCAAAGAGAAUUUAAUUGGUCAAUCUGCACUAUUUUUUCACCAAGGAGAUUAUCAUAAUCAUCUUAGAAAACUUGUUCAAGCUUCUUUAAAUCCAGAAUCCAUUCGUAACCAAAUCCCUCAUAUUGAAGAACUAUCAAUUACUGCAUUGAAUUCUUGGGCUGGUGGACAUGUUGUCAACACUUAUCAUGAGAUGAAAAAGUUUUCGUUUGAAGUAGGUAUACUUGCUAUAUUUGGACGAUUGGAAGUCCAUGUGAAGGAAGAAUUGAAGAAAAAUUAUAGCAUAGUUGAUAAAGGUUACAAUUGUUUUCCAACAAAUGUGCCAGGGAGUCCUUAUAGAAAGGCCCUUCAAGCAAGAAAGAGACUUGGGAAGAUUCUAAGUGAAAUAAUAAGGGAAAGGAAAGAGAAGAAGGUACUAGAGAAAGGGUUGUUGAGUUGUUUCUUGAAUGCAAAAGAAGAAAAAGGAUUAUUGGUAUUAAAUGAAGAUCAAAUUGCUGAUAAUAUAAUUGGAGUUCUAUUUGCUGCACAAGAUACAACAGCAAGUGUUUUAACUUGGAUUCUAAAGUACCUUCAUGAUAAUCCCAAACUUCUUGAGUGUGUCAAGGCUGAACAGAAAGUGAUUUGGCAGUCAAAUGAACAAGAAAAUCAUGGGUUGACAUGGACACAAACAAGAAAGAUGCCUAUCACUAACAAGGUUGUUUUGGAGACACUGAGAAUGGCUAGCAUUAUAUCUUUCACAUUUAGAGAGGCUGUGGCUGAUGUAGAAUACAAAGGUUACUUGAUUCCAAAAGGUUGGAAGGUAAUGCCUUUGUUCAGAAAUAUUCAUCACAACCCAGAGUUCUUUCCUGAUCCACAAAAAUUUGAUCCUUCAAGAUUUGAGAAUGCGCUGAAACCCAAUACAUUUAUGCCAUUUGGCAGCGGAGUGCACGCUUGUCCAGGGAAUGAACUUGCCAAGCAGGAAAUUCUAGUUAUGACACAUCAUCUAGUCACUGAAUUCAGGUGGGAAGUAGUAGGAUCUGAUAGUGGGAUUCAAUAUGGACCAUUCCCUGUCCCAGUAGGUGGACUAGCAGCAAGAUUUUGGAAAGAAUCUACUACAUCAACCUAA